CUCUAUAUAUACACCGCAAAACCAAUUUUAAUUUCAUCACAUAUCAAACCAAAUAAAAACAUAAAAAAAAUUUAAUCAUGGCAACCAAAACCCUUCACUUGUCCCUCGUCGCUCUCUCACUACUCCAAGGCAUCCUCGCCGUCCGAUUCACGGCCACCAACAACGCCUCCGCCACCCCCGGCGGGCAGCGCUUCGACCGGGAGAUCGGCACCGCCUACACCCUGACCACAAUGCCCAAAAUCGCCAGCUUCAUAUGGAAGAUAUUCGGGCAAGCCACGGAAGCGGAGCGGCGGCACUACUACCCGAACGACGUCGUAAACCUGUACGUGCAAGACCUCCAAGACGGCGCCCUCGGCGAGACCGGCGACAACAACGUGUACAUGAGCGCGAAAGGCAUCGAGACCUACCCUCCCGGCGACGCAACUAGGUUUAUGUUCACGUCGAUUCUGUACCAUGAGAUGACGCACAUUUUCCAGUGGUCGGGGAAGGGCACGGCGCCGGGGGGCUUGACGGAGGGGUUUGCCGACUACGUGGUGCUGAAGUCGCCGUUCUACGUGGAAGGCUACUCGACGCCCGGGGAGGGGAGCCGCUGGGACGAAGGCUACGGCGUCACGUCGAGGUUUUUGGAGUAUUGCGACGGGCUGAGGGAAGGGUUCGCGGCGGAGCUGAACAAGAAGAUGAGGGAAGUGUAUAAGGAGGAGUAUUGGAAGGAGCUGUUGGGGAAAGAUGUUGAUCAGCUUUGGGAGGAGUAUAAGGCUAAGUACAGCAAUGUUCCUGCAUCCUUACAUCAUUAGGUAAAUUAAUAAGUAAAUAAAAUGUUUGAGAAGAACCGGAUGUA